AAGUAGGACAAGUGGCCCCAUAAUUCAGUCCUACUUUGUCAGUUUUUCUUCUAUUCACAUUUGCAUUACCGUGAAACAACUUCAAGGAAAGUGAAUUUACAUUUGCAUUACUGUGAAACAACUUCAAGGAAAGUGAAUGUACAAUUUGUGCGACGACUUUGCAUUGACUUGCCAGCUCUUAAUUCUUUUAGCUUCACAAUUCAUCGAUUCUCUUCUCACGGAGAUCAUCUGCUUAUUGCUGCUAUAUUUCCUGAGUGUGCUUGCUUCUCAAAUUUAACAAAGACCUUCUAACGACAGAAGAAUCAGUUCACUGUCUCCGUGAACCAGAUAAUAGUUUGGGAGGAGAUCUGCUUGUUGCUGUUUUCUUCACAAAUUUAACAGAGAUCUUAGUUUCCUGCUUUCACAGACUUAAGACCCUCUAAGGAUACAAGUACCACCUCAUCUACCUCACUUGACCAGCUUCUUUCUUCUGCCUAAGAAGGUUGUGCUUAACAAAGAGACAAGGAGGUUUGUGGAUCAUUUAACUGACCUUUGGGUUUCAUCUUUCCGAAUAAUUUGAAGAACAAGCCAGUGAGCUUAUAAUAUGGAUUGGAUAUUGUCAUUUGUUGAAGUGAUAAGGAGCUUUGGGGGUCCAUACAUAAAUCAUCAUCGGAAACUUGAAGAUUAUAUGAAUGAGCUUCGAGGAAAUGUAAAUAGUCUAAAUUCUCGAAAGCGAGACCUUGAAUUAAAAAUGGAAGCAGAGGAACGUUGUGGGAAAAAGAUGAAGAAAGAAGUGGCGAACUGGCUCAAAGAUGUAGAAAAUGUAGGCAAUGAAGUGAAAACCAUCGAAGAGGAGUUCCGUUCUGUUUCAUUCUUGUCACGUGGUCAUCUAGGAAGUUUUGUUUGCGAAAAUAUUGAAAAGGUAAACAAAAUUUACCAACAAGGUAGUUUCCCUGAUGGUGUGGCAGUUGAUGGGCCUCCAGCCACUGGGGUGACAUUACUAACACCAAAUCUAGAAGGUGAAAUCGAUGUAAAAGAACAAAUUUGGAAGUAUUUGAUGGGUGAUAAGGUUAGAAUGAUUGGAGUAUGUGGAAUGGGUGGCAUAGGGAAAACUACCAUUAUGAAGCAUAUCAAUAAUCAAUUGUUGAAGGAUAAUCUGUUUGAUCAAGUGAUAUGGGUCACCGUAUCAAAAGAAUUGAAUAUUUUCAAAUUGCAAGAAGAUAUUGCAAAUUCUUUGAAACAAGCUCUUCCAACGGAUGUAUUGCAACGAGCUGCAAAAUUAAAGGAUAUUUUGGAGGAAAAGAGAUAUGUGUUGAUCUUAGAUGAUGUUUGGAAACGAUUUUCUCUAUUAGAUUUGGGAAUCCUUGAACCAACAUUAGGUAUGGGAAGGAAAGUUGUACUCACUAGCAGAUCGAUUGAGGUCUGUAAGUCUAUGGGUUGUGAGGUGGUCAAAGUGCAACUGCUUCCAAAGAAUGAGUCCAUGAACUUAUUCUUAGAUCACGUGGGGCGUAGAGUUGUACAAGAUCAAAAUUUAAAGGACAUUGUCGACAAAAUUGUUGAGAAAUGUGGCGGUUUACCACUUAGUAUUGUGACAAUAGCCGGUAGCAUGAAAGAGGUAGAUGAUUUUUGUGAGUGGAAGAAUGCACUAAUUGAAUUAGAAGAGCGUGUGGAAAGUGUGAAAGAAUUGGAUAUCGAAGUAUAUGAGCCUUUGAAGUUCAGUUAUGACCAUUUGAGAGAUCCAAAAAUCCAAAAUUGUUUCUUAUAUUGCUCCCUAUAUCCUGAAGAUUAUAUAAUUAGAAAAGUGGAAUUAAUUGAAAAUUGGAUAGAUGAGGGACUCCUUGAUGGCUUACAGACCAAAGAAGCAAUGCAUCAUAGAGGUUAUAGCAUUUUAAAUAAGCUUGAAAGUAAUUGCCUAUUAGAGAGGGCUACAUUUCUUAUUGAUAAUGAUGGAGUUAAGAUGCAUGAUGUUUUGAGGGACAUGGCGUUGUAUAUUGCAGGUCAUCAGUUCAUGGGAAAAGCAGGUAUGCCAUUGAAAGAAUUCCCAAGUGAGCAAGAAUGGACAGUGAGUGUUGAGAAAGUUUCCUUGAUGGAAACUUUUAAAUUAGAAAUUCCUCCUCACAUAUCACCUAGAUGGCCUCAUUUAUCAACUUUGAUUUUGGAACAUUGUGGCUUAGAAAGGAUUUCAGAAUCUUUUUUUAAGCACAUGUCUGGGUUAAAAGUUCUAAAUCUUUCAGAUAAUCGUUCCUUAGAAUAUCUGCCCAAUUCGAUCUCUAACUUGAAAACUCUCAAUGCAUUGAUACUUUCUGGUUGUGAGGAGUUAAAAAAGGUGCCUUCCUUAGUAGAGCUCACAGCACUAAGAAAGUUGAACCUUUUGGGCACAGGAAUUGAAGAGGUUCCUCAUGGCAUAGAGAUGUUAGAAAACUUGAGAGAUCUUCUUAUGGGGUCAACGGCUUUAAAAGAGCUACCGGUAGGAAUAUUACCGAGGAUCUGUCAUCUCCAAUGCUUAAUAAUAGAGAAGACGUUUUUAAAGGGAGAAGAAGUAGGCCAAUUGAGGAAGCUUGAGUGGGUUCAAUGUUCAUUUCGCAACGUGCAAGAGUUUAAUAAAUACGCAGAGUGUACACAAGGUAAAUGCCCUACAUCUUUCUUUUUUCAAGUGGGGGGACCAUCGGUGGAUUGGCGUUUUGAUUUAUGGGGUUGCCCAAAUUUCAAAAAAAUUAAGAAACAGAUUACAUUCACAGGUUCGGAGAUAGAGAGGUGUGAUGAUAGGGUGGUCCCACAUGACCUUCAAACUUUAACUAUUCAAAAGUACGAUGAUUUCAAAUGUUUAAACAACAUUCCUUUGUUUCGUAAGGUGACUGAGUGGAAGGAAUGUCAAAUUACGAACUGUAGAGGGAUAGAGUGUGUGGUUGACUUGUCAUUAUCGUCUUGUGACGCACUUGACAACAUUGAGGAGUUACGCCUAUUUUUGUUGAGAAACUUGCGUGAAGUUGUGAGAGUAGGAAUAGGAGUAGUGGUUGAAAUUGAAUCUACCUCUCAUGCUCCAACACCACCUGCCAUCUUCUCUUCUCUUAAAAAAUUCCAUAUGAGUUAUUGUUCGAGGGUGAAGAAGUUGUUUCCAGUUGAGCUGUUGCAGGGCCUCCAAAACUUAGAGACAAUUAGAGUCCGACAUUGUGAAAAAAUGGAGGAAAUAAUAGCAUCAGAAGAAGAUCAGAAAGGAGAAGGAACAACUUUUAUUCUUCCCAAAUUACACUCACUGUGGUUGCAAAACUUACCACAAUUGAAAAGCAUUUGCAGUGGUGGACUUAUGAUUCCUGCAGAUUCUCUCCAAUAUCUUUAUAUAAUCAAAUGUCCAGAAGUAAAGAGGAUCCCUUUGUCUCUUCCCCUUGUUGAAAAUGGGAAACCAUCUCCUCCUUCUUCUCUACAAAAAAUCACAGCAUGGCCGAGAGAAUGGUGGGAAUCAGUGGAAUGGGAUCAGCCUGAUGCUAAGGAUGUCCUUUCUCCCUUUCUUCAAUAUUCUGGCUUAUAGAAUGAGAUGGAGAAGAGGUGUUUGAUUAAAUGUGGCUGUAAGGCUCCUGCUUCUUAUUAAGAACUACAAACACUGCUUGGAGAUUAUGGGAGGAAGGAAGGCACCCCUGUUGAACUUGGUGAUGAAUUCUUAGGACUAUCCUGCACAUCCACACUAGUCUCAAAUGGUUGAUGAAUUGGAAAUCAUUUAAUACAAGACUACACAUGAAAUGCAGAAAGCAAGCUUGGAUGCUUUUCUCAUUUGCUCCAAGAGACUACUUUGACAGAUAUGGCCUUUGUGUUUCAAAAGGGAAUUGUGAUGGUACUCAGCUCCCACUUUUUGAAGGAUUCAAGCCUUAAUUCCCUGAAAGCUGAUGUUUAAGCCUGAAUUCCCUGAAAGAUAGAACUCAUCAGACUGGUCCCUAGGGUGUAAGCACAAUAAGCCAUUCAACUGCCAAAGCAGAGAUGGAUUUAUCAGAUUUAAAAGAUUUGAAAAUGCCAAAUGCUACACAUUCUUGGGUGACUAAAACUAUGAGUCUCAAGGGAUGCAGGGCUAAGUAUCUACAGAACUAUUCCUAUAUGGCAUACUCUAGUUCAGAUAACAGAGGAAGAGGUAGUGGUUGGGUCCCUUGGUUUUAUCAUCUAAUUGAUUGCACACAAUUUCAAUCAAAAGGGCAGGAUCUAUGUGUUAGGGUGUCUGCUUCAAAAUCAGAAUUGAAAGAUAAGCCUAGGCUGAAGCUUGCUACAAUGAUUGCAACACCACUAUGCUAUGCUUUUGUGGCUGUUUACUGUCAGUUAUUACAUUCACAGAAGCUGAAGAAAGUUGAUAGAGAAACAGAAGACAAUAAGGAAAAUGAUCAAGAAAAUCAAGACCAGGAUAAAGACGUGGAGCUUCCAAUAUUUGAGCUUGCUACCAUAGCUCGUGCUGCUGAUAGCUUUUCUAUGGACAACAAUCUAGGAGAAGGUGGUUUUGGACCUGUUUGUAAGUCCCGUGGGAAUGGUGGGAAUCAAUGGAAUGGGAUCAGCCUGAUGCUAAGGAUGUCCUUUCUCCCUUUCUCAAUUUUUAAUAGAAUGAGAUGGAGAAGAGUUGUACGAUUAAAUGUCGCUCCACGACCCUCAAUGGACUUGUUUUGAACCAAACUGAUGAUACAAGACUUCACAUGGAAUGUAGAAAGCCAAGCAUAUACUAGUUCAGAUAAUGGAGGAAGAGGUUGUGGUUGCGCCUUUUGGUUUGAUAAUUUGAUUGAUUACAGACAGUUUCAAUCAGUAGGGCAGGAUCUAUAUGUUAGAGUGUCUGCUUCAAAAUCAAGUAUGAGUGUACAUUUUCUCUUGUUUUCAUUACUUUUUUUUGUUCAUAUAUGCUUUUCUUUAUCAAAUUCCGUCAUACAGAAUUGAAAGAUAAGCUCAGGAUGGAGCUUGCUGCAGUGAUUAGAACACUACUGUCCUGUGCUUUCAGGGCUGUUUAUUUUCAGUUAUUACAUUUACAGAAGCCCCAGAAAGUUGAAAUGUAACUUUGAUAUAUCCUUCACAAGAAUGCUCAUUUUGUUCCUUUGUUAAAAAUUACUUUGUUAAUAGUGAUGCUAGCAAAUCAACAUGCAGUUUCUUCAAUGCUUAUCAAUGUGAAAAUAGAGUUUUUAAUGAAGCAAAUGACUGGAGAUGCAUGGUCUUGUGUGAUCUCAAAGACCACAUCAGCUUUUUGUCCAAUUAUCUAGCUUAAUCAAAAUGCAUAAGAAUCUAUCAUAUUUUAUGGUGAAUGCCAAGCCCAUUUUGGCUACUGUUUCAGAGAAACAAAAGACAAUAAGGAAAAUGAUCAAGAAAAUCAAGGCCAAGAUGAAAACAUGGAGCUUCCAAUAUUUGAGCCUCCUCCCAUAGCUCGUGCUACUGAUAGCUUUUCUGUGGACAUCAAGCAAAGCGAAGGUGGUUUUGGAACUGUUUAUAAGGGGACACUAGCAAAUGGACAAGAAAUUGUUGUGAAGAGGCUUUCAAAGAGUUCUGGACGAGAUUGAAAGAGUUUAAAAAUGAAGUAAAAUUGAUUGCCAAACUUCAACAUUAGAAUCUUGUAAGGCUUCUUGGGUGGUGCAUUCACAGAGAGUAAAGACUGCUGGUUUAUGAGUACAUGCUUAACAAAAGCCUUCACUCAUUCAUUUGUGGUCUGAAUCAUUGAAAACCUUUCAAUUUUGUUUGGUUUAUUGCUUCUCUUAUCAUAAAUAUUUCAUACAUUUUACACAUGGGGCAGUUUGCUGCUUCCAAAAAUCAAAAAUGAUCUUGGACUGACAUGAAGAGAAUACAUACCAAUUGCCAGAUCAAACAAGAAGUAAAGGACUGAAUUGGUCCAAGAUUUUGGAAAUUAUCUGCGACAAUGCUAGGGGACUACUCUAUCUUCAUCAAGAUUCAGGAUUGAGGAUUAUUUAGAGAUCUUAAAGCUAGUAACGUUCUGCUUGAUAGUGAGAUGAAUCCAAAAUUUUCAGAUUUUGGCUCGGCUAGAACUUUUGGAGGAGACCAAACUGAAGGGAAUGCUAAAAGAGUGGUUGGAACUUAUGGUUAUAUGGCACCAGAAUAUGCUAUUGAUGGACUAUUUUCAGCAAAAUCAAUUGUCUUUAGCUCUGGUAUAUUACUGCUGGAGAUAUUAAGUGGGAAGAAAGAUAGAGGCCUUUACCAUCCGACUCAGAGCGCCUACCUUGUUGAACAUGCAUGAAGAUUAUGGAAAUAAGGCACCCUUCAGAACUUGUUGAAGAAUGCUUAGAAGAGUCUAGCAAUCUAUCAGAAGUGAUUCAAUGCAUCCGUAUUAGUCUUUUAAGUGUACAACAGCAUCUUGAGGAUAGGCCAAGUAUGUCAUCUGUGAUUUUGAUGUUGGGAAGUGAAACUAAAUUGCCACACCCAUACAACCUAUUUUUUUUAUUGCUGAAAAAACCACUUCAUGAAGAAGGUUCUUCAUCAGACAAGCAUGUAUCUUCUUCAACAAAUGAAAUGACUCUGUCAGUACUAGAUGCUCAAUAAUUGAUGAACUGUAUACUUGACUCUUUCAUCUCCAAGUCAUUAUUAUUAUAUGCUAUUGACCAGUAUGUUUUGUA